AUGGGUGUUACGGAUCGACUCCAGACUCGCAAAGGCAAACAGAUGCUGGGCGCGACGCCGGCGGCGGCGAUCCUCGUGGCCUGCAUGCUGCUCUGCACGGCGAGCAGCAGCUCCGGCGCCGCCGCCGGCGGCUGCCCGCCGUCGAGCAUCGUGGUGACGCAGUCCGGCACGGGGGAGUGGGCGCACGGGCAGCCGGUGUACGCGGUGGCGGUGCGCAACACGUGCGGCUGCGCCCAGUCCGACGUGAAGGUGGACUGCGCCGGGUUCGACACCACCCUGGCCAUCGACCCCGCGAAGCUCGAGGUCCCGCCGGCCGGCGGCGGCGGGCUGUGCCUCGUCAACGGCGGCGCUCCCGUGACGCCGGGGCGGGACGUGACGUUCAGCUACGCCUGGAGCAAGCAGUUCGGCUUCCGGCCGGUCUCAUCGACGGUGGCGUGCUAG